AUGUCGAGUGAUCUGAAAACUUCAUUCGAGUUAGAACCCAACCCUUUCGAGAGGUCUUUUGCCAACAAGGAGCCUAAUGACUCGAGCCUCCUGGCCCCCAAGAACCCCAGCACCGACCUGACCUCCACGUCGUCGUCAGCCAAGGCAAACAACAAGCACAACUUGCACAUCCCCAAUCUUUCCACCUUGACCCACCAGCCACACACAAAACUCCCAGGAAUCACUCCUCCUCUAUUCACUCCUUCAGGAAGACGAUUACCUCCUUUGGGUCUUUCUCCUGGGAGCCACUUGACCAACCCCGAGACUCCAGGCUCCAACCUCUGGAACAGCUUAAUAAGUGCUACCAAUAACCCCAGCUCGCGCAAUAAUACCAAUAACGGAACCCAACCCGCCAACCCCGAGGGCGACGCUGAAGCAUCGGCCCAUCCAUUUUCGUCUAACCAGAACAACGGCUUUAACCAGUUUGUGAACUCUAUCAGGAAAACGGGACUCACUCCUAACGAAUCCAACCUUCGUUCAGGAUUAACCCCAGGCGUUAUAAACCAUUCGUCGUUCCCCUUCAAUUCGGUCCCAGGCUUAACCACCCCAGGUGCGUUGUUAAACAGUCCAAUGACUCCUGGCCUCCUGAGUCUUCUUGGUAUGACCAACACGGGCCAGAGCAUGCCUUUGGCCAAUAAUAACCUCCAACAGAAACCACAACAGCCCAAUCCUCAACUCAGACAGGAACAAAGAGGGCCAAAUGUACACGAAGAACAACAACCAUUACCACAAAGCAUGCAGAUAAACCAGCCACACUACGACCAGAACAAUGUAGUGCCACCUCAAGCACUCACCACCGAAAACCAUGUGGGAGGGUUUGCCAUGCCGAAAAUAAGAGAAGCAGAGGACACAUCCACGUCGCCAGCUUCUCAGUCCAGCAAGCGCAGCGCCGAAAGCGGAGAACGAGAGAACAAGAAACAGAAGACAGAGCCCAAGAAGAGGGCCACUGGCAAAAAGGUCACAACCAAGGUCAAAAAGGAUCCAGAAGCCACCAACAACGGCAAGGUCGAAAGCGACUCUCCCGAUGGCGGGCCCUCGUCGCUGGCAGACAAGCGCAAGAGUUUCUUGGAGAGGAACAGAGUGGCAGCGUCCAAGUGUCGUCAGAGAAAGAAGCAGUUGAUCCAGAAGAUGGAGGACGAGUUGAGCUUCUAUUCCACGGGCUAUAGGGAGUUGUCUGCGCAAGUGAGCCAGUUGCGGGACCAGGUGAUCACGCUCAAGGGGGUGUUGGUGAGCCACAAGGACUGCUCGAUGUUGGCACAAUCGGUGGGCGGAUUUGAAGCGCUCAACAUGAUAAUACAGCAGGCCAACUAUGCCACCCAAGUCACUGCCAGUAGCCAGAGCAACGUGACCUCGAUCCCCAGCACCAUUCCAACCACCCUCAACAACCCUCGUGAGCCUGUGCGGCAGGCUCCCAGUGCCCAGUACCAAAUACCUCCCCCAGCACCUACAGCAGCAGUGGGUCCAGGCUUGCCUAUGAAUAUCAACGGCCAGGCCCCUGCGCAGCUGCAACAGCUGCCAGCGUCCAAGGACGUCAGCAACACCACCAGCAACUCCACCACCGUCAAUAUGCCCCACGCCCAGAUGAACAUGGGCGGUCAGGGAGUCAUAGACAUCCCCAGCCACCACAGCGUGACCGACUUGCCAGCUUCCGUGGCGAACAACGCAGCCAUGAUGGCGAAUAACUACGCUAGUGGCGACUUGAGGGCCAUCAACAGCAUGUCGAAUUUAGCGGGAAUGAACCAGCCUCAGCGCAAGCAGGGCCCAGUGGACAACGGCUUGCGGCCUGUCAACAGCAUGGUGGACUUGCAGCUGCACCAGUUCCAACAGAACGUGCCCCAGACGGGGUUCAGCGGGUUGAUAGCCCAGUCUCAGGAGUAG